CUUGAAGUUUUACAAUAACGAGGAAUGUUAUGUUAUCCUAUAAAACCAAAGGUUGUGUUUCUGUUCCAUUGAAGGCAAAAAUCAAUGAGGCCACCAAGUCCAACCAUCCACUUUCUUCUCCAAAUCCUUCUUACCUGUCUACUGCACACACCCAGCUCUGCACUCAAAAAGUCAUAUGUGGUGUACUUGGGAGCCCACUCACAUGGCCCAGAUUUCUCUUCACUUGAAUUCAAUCAAGUGACACAAUCUCAUUAUGAGUUUCUGGGAUCUUUCUUAGGAAGUUCUAAUACAGCCAAAGAUUCCAUAUUUUACUCAUACACAAGGCAUAUCAAUGGUUUUGCUGCAACUUUGGAAGAAGAAGUGGCUUCUGAGAUAGCAAAGCAUCCCAAGGUGUUGUCAGUGUUUGUGAACAGUGGGAGAAAGCUACACACCACUCGUUCAUGGGAAUUCAUGAAGCUAGAGCAUAAUGGGGUCAUUCCAUCUUCCUCAAUCUGGAAGAAAGCCAGGUUUGGUGAAGAUGUGAUAAUAGGAAAUCUAGAUACUGGUGUUUGGCCUGAAUCAGAAAGCUUUAGUGACCAAGGCUUGGGACCAAUUCCAUCUAAGUGGAGAGGAAUCUGUGAUAACGGAACUGAUCAUACUUUUCACUGCAACAGGAAGCUGAUAGGAGCAAGGUACUUCAACAAUGGUUACGCCUCCGUGGCGGGCCCACUCAACUCCUCCUUCGACUCUCCACGUGACACGGAGGGCCAUGGCUCCCACACCCUCUCCACCGCCGCCGGCAACAUGGUGCAUGGCGUCAGCGUCUUCGGCCAAGGCCUCGGAACAGCCAAAGGUGGCUCCCCCAAGGCCCGCGUCGCUGCCUACAAGGUCUGCUGGCCCCCCGUCUCCGGCGACGAGUGCUUCGACGCCGACAUCUUGGCCGCCUUUGACAUGGCCAUCCACGACGGCGUCCAUGUCUUGUCCCUCUCCCUCGGCGGCUCCGCCUCUUCUCUUUUCAACGACGGCGUUGCCAUCGGAUCCUUCCAUGCAGCCAUGCAUGGCAUCCUCGUCGUUUGCUCUGCGGGUAACAAUGGCCCUGCUGAUGCCACUGCGGAAAAUCUCGCACCUUGGUAUAUCACUGUAGCUGCCAGCACCAUGGAUAGAGAGUUCCCUGCGUAUGUCUUCCUUGGUAACAACGUUGCUCUCAAGGGCGAGAGCUUAUCCCCUACAAGAUUGCCUCACAAGUUCUACCCCAUUAUUAAAGCUACGGAUGCUAAAUUGAAGAGUGCGAGAGUUGAAGAUGCGGUGCUGUGUCAGAAUGGAACGCUGGAUCCCAACAAGGUGAAGGGGAAGAUUGUGGUAUGUCUCCGAGGGAUAAAUGCAAGAGUGGACAAGGGAGAGCAAGCUCUCCUAGCUGGUGCUGUGGGAAUGGUCCUUGCUAAUGACAAGAAUAGUGGGAAUGAAAUUUUAGCUGAUCCUCAUGUUCUUCCUGCUUCUCAUAUCAAUUUCACUGAUGGUCUUGCUGUCUAUCAUUACAUCAACUCAACCAAGUCCCCAGUGGCGUAUAUUACACAUCCAAAGACACAUUUGCAUACUAAGCCUGCCCCGGUUAUGGCAGCGUUUUCAUCAAAAGGACCAAAUACUAUCGUGCCAGAGAUCCUUAAGCCUGAUGUCACUGCACCGGGAGUGUCAGUUAUAGCGGCCUUUACUGAAGCCGAAGGACCAACCAAUCAAGUGUUCGACAAGCGCCGGAUUCCUUAUAACUCAAUCUCAGGCACAUCCAUGUCAUGCCCUCACGUUUCAGGCAUUGUGGGACUGUUAAGAACCCUGUAUCCUUUGUGGAGUCCUGCUGCUAUUAAAUCAGCAAUCAUGACCACAGCUACAGCACUAGAUAAUGAGUUGGAGCCAAUACUGAAUGCUACUGAUGGCCAAGCAACAGCAUUCAGUUACGGGGCAGGACAUGUUCAACCAAACAGAGCAAUGGAUCCUGGGCUUGUUUAUGACACAACAAUUGAUGAUUACCUUAACUUCUUAUGUGCUUUAGGUUACAACGAGACACAAAUCUCUGUGUUCACAGAAGGUCCAUAUCAGUGCCGCAAGAACAUUAGUCUCCUAAACUUAAACUAUCCCUCAAUCACAGUCCCAAAUCUCUCUGGUUCAGUGACAGUUAGACGGACAUUGAAAAAUGUUGGUUCUCCAGCAACGUACAUUGGUCAUGUUCAAAGCCCAGAUGGAAUCACCGUUUCUUUGAAGCCUAGCAUCUUGAAGUUCAAAAAUAUUGGUGAAGAAAAGAGCUUUAAAUUAACCUUCAAGGUCACGAAAGGAAAGGCUACAAAUAACUACGUGUUUGGAAAACUGAUAUGGUCAGAUGGCAAGCAUUACGUCACGAGUCCAAUAGUUGUGAAAGCCAUCUUAACUAGAAAUUGAAGUAAUCGGUGCAAUUAGCUCAUUUGCAUUUCUAAUUGAUUGGUAGCGUAUUCUAAAUUUGAGCUUCUUUGGGGGUUAUCUCCUCUUGCGUUGAUUGAUAACAAAGAAACCCACAAGUGGAUUUCUUUGAGCAUAUAUUUUACCUGAAUGGUCUACUUUUAGUGUGCUUCCAAUGAGAAAUAAAACAUAACACGUUCAUCCUCCUA